AUGUGGCUAGCGCAGCCUUUGAGGAAAUGCCUGUGGGGGAGCGUUCCGAUGAGUGGCGCAGUUAGAAGAGCAAUAGGUGGCAUAGUCCACGACACAGUGAGCAGUGGCAACCGGGACAAGGAGGAUAACCUCGUUUUACGUGUUGAUCGGUCCAACCGCUGCUACCGCGUCAUGUGCAGGGAAAUGCACUCUACGAAGACGCAGGAGGAUGCCGAAAGUGGAAUUGUAGAGAAAUUGAGGAACAUACAGGGAGAAAGAGUCAGUCAUGCUAUCAAGAAGAGCGUUAAGAAUGGGUUCAUUAGCAAACGCAUGUUUAUGGUAUACAAUGAUUUGAUCAAGAAGCACUGUAAGGAAUUCACCUUUUCAGAUGUGGUGCUUGUUCUACAGGCGUAUGCCUUGAGCAAGCACAGGAACUUUGAGAUUUACUCCAUUUUGGCCCAUCGGGCGUUGCGCCUCUUCAGGGAGGAAGCGGAAGAGGCGAGAAAAAAAAUGGAAGAAGGGGGUGAAGAGUACGAGAAAAAUUGUGGACGGGAAAUGUCGUAUGAUCCAGAAAGGCACAGGAACAUAUACAAAUAUAUUCUGGCGAGCAACCAACUUAACUACACAGAUCUUGAACUAAUGGAGCUAUUUGUAGAAGAAAUAAAAAGACACUUCCACGAAUACGAUAUGAAGCGAAUUUGCGAUAUUUUACAUGCACUGACAAAGCUUAAGGUAAAUAACGUGGAUUUGCUUGAUGGAGCAUGUCGUCACAUUUUAUGUAACUUCCAUAUGGUUAAAUGUAACCACAUCAAUCACCUCAUUUCGGCUUACUCGCCAAAGACUAGUGGUGGCAACCAUGAGGAUCUGCUUCUCAGACUAGUUGAAUACAUCUACGCAAACGUGCGGUCCAUGGAUUCCAUUUCGGUGUACAACACGCUCGUGCAAAUUGGGCCCAUCUUGCAGAGGCUAUCGUCACGUGCAAGUGCAAGUGCAAGUUCAAGUGCAAGUGCAAGUUCAAGUGCAAGUGCAAGUGCAAGUUCAAGUGCAAGUGCAAGUGCAAGUGCAAGUGCAAGUGCAAGUGCAAGUGCAAGUGCAAGUGCAAGUGCAAGUGCAAGUUCAAGUGCAAGUGCAAGUGCAAGUGAAGUAGGAAGAGAGGAAGUGAGUGCACGGAGGGGGAGGUCGAAUGGCAUGUACGAAGAGGCCACUAGAGAGGGGGAAGAUGCCAACCAUCACAACGAGUACAAACAGAAGGAGUAUUGCCAUUUGGUGAAAGACACCCAUGGAGAGGAAACCCAAGCGUAUUCCAACGGUCACCGGAAGGUACAGGGAGAUAUUCUCGACCGAGUAGUACCGCUGCUCUUCUCCAGGGUCAACACCUGCAUUGCCUUUCUCUCAUUAAAGCAACUGAUAAAACUUUUGUGCGCCUACAGAGAGCUUAACUACUUUAAUUACAACUUGGUGUAUAAGCGGUUGUUAUUGUUUCUUCUGUCGAAAUUGAGGACUCAACAUAAGGCCCUCCCAGGAGAGUACAUAUCGAUACUUGAAUUUUUUACCUUCCUCCCAUAUGUGGAUAGCAACAUCGAAGAAAUUAUGCACAUCGUAACGGAGAGCAUCCCAAAGGUACUCUCCUACAAUUAUGAGCACUUAUGUCGUUUGCUUCUCGUGUGCAAGAAAUUGCAGAUUCAUGAUGAUUCUAUACUCACCAGGGUAGAAUCCUUGGUUAUCAGAAACAAGCGCCAUUUCGAACGGGUUAGCACCAUCGAGCAGUUGGAUAUAUUUCUUGAUGUGUAUAACCAAGGCUCGGGAGAGUGGGAUGAAAUGCUCUCCUUCUUGAACGGACUCAUCCAGGAGAAGGGACGAGGGAGCACUGUCGAGCGCUCAUCAAAUGAUGAGGCACUUGGUGAAGGCACUUCAGGCGGUUCACGUAGCAGAACCGACUUAACGGAGCAAGCGCCACCACAAAGUAGUAAUCCCGCGCAGAACGUAGUGAUCACCUACAAGUACAGCAAGAAGAAUAAGUGCAUCCAGGAGUAUGGGAGAAAAGUUUCUGUGGAAGAGAAUUCCACCGGGGAGGGAGACCCCCAUCUGUCUGAUUCUAAGGUCGAUGAUGUCGGGGUAAGCUCUCUAGCCCACUCCCCUGGUAGCAUCAGUCAGGUGAGCAAGGGAAUUUGUGAUUACUUGUAUGUGAACAUAGCGAACGAGAAAAGAGGAACUUAG